AUGAAUGAAGAUACUACACAACUGUCUAUCCAAGAUGUGACAUUUCUUGACACAGAAUGCCAACGAAUUUUAUCGUUAGAUAUCAAAGGCUCUUUGUUUGGCGCAUCUUGUCUUAAUGGGGAGAUAAAAAAGCUCAAAAUUUUUGAAGACUGCCACAUAAAUCAUCCCGAAACCUAUAUUGAAUCAAUAAUAAAUGAGUUUGGUCCUACUAUUGUUUUUGUCAGUUCUAGGACAACCACUAAUGUGGUCUCCAUUCUUGAAGAUAUAAAAGAUGUAUAUGAAUUCACGUUUUACGUAAAAAUUGUUGCAGAUUUUACCAAAUUUGAUACUAAAAGGUUGGUUGAAUCAUUUUAUAGCCUUGCAAAUAAUAACAAUGUACACAUAUUUGCUACUUCUGCAUUGAAAUCUUCAAGUAUUAGAAUUACGUUAGGUACAAUUAAUGCAUUAUGGUUGGGAAUAGCGGAGUUUGUUGACCCUUCAUGUUGUUGUAUUGCCGAUUUGGUUGAUAGUUUAGAGUUUUGUUCUUUUCAAGAUAUUAUGUUCAUUGAUGUUGAUCUGCUUUAUGCACUUCAGAUACUACCAGAAACUCGAAAAUCACUCAAUAUAAAUUCGAAAUCUCAAAAGUUAUCCCUUUAUGACUUGUUAAACAACACCGUGACCAUUGAAGGGGCCAAGUUAUUAAAAGAUUGGGUCAGAAAACCACUAACCGAUAUUACAAAACUCCUUUCUCGUCAAAAUACCGUUAAAAUUCUUAGUCUGUCAGAAUUACACGAGAUUAGAUCAAAUAUCAGAAAAGGUUUGAAAUAUACUAAAAACUGCAAAUCAAUAGUGAAUGGGUUAGAAGCAGGUAAACUGAGUUGGAAAGUAUGGAAAAAUCUUAUUUUGUUUUUACAAAAUGUCAUGUACCUACUGAAACAAAUCAGACUUUGUUUUCUGGAAACAAAUAUGCCUCCAGAACUAGCCCUAUUUUACAACCAAGAAUUGAUGAUUGAUUUUAAUGAAUUAGAAAAAUUUAUUCUUCUGUACGCUGAGCCUAUAACUUCUGAAGAAGACAAUAAAAUGAGAAUAAUCAACGGCAUUGAUGAUACUCUUGAUGAAUUGAGAAUUCAGUAUAACAACCUUGAAGAAUUACUUCAAGAAACAACUGGAAUUAUAGCUGCAAAAUUCUCAGAAGAGGUGUUCAAUACAGUUUAUAUACCACAACUUGGGUUCUUGGUGUCUCGAAAAGCAGAUAUUGAAAAUGCUGAUACAACAUUUAUGCCUGAUGAAUGGCAAGAAGUGUUCAGAACAAGUACCAACAUUUAUUACAAAACUGAAGAGGUUUGGCAAUUGGAUGAACAGUUUGGUGAUAUUUACACCUUGAUUAAUGAUCGGGAGAUCGAGAUCAUUCAGAGCAUGUUGGCAAAAGUGUCAGAAUUCAACACGGUGAUCAUCCAAGUGGGGGAAGCGGCAAUAGAAUUGGACUGCUUGUGCAGUUUAUCGGAAGUUUCCCAAUACAGGAAUUAUGUUUUCCCUUGUAUUACUGAUACCAAUGAAUUGGAGAUAAUCCAAGGGAGACACCCUCUAGUAGAGACUUUUCUGAAUAUGUUUGUCCCAAACAAUACAAUAUUUGAACCAGAAGAGAAAAUAAUGGUGGUCACAGGAGCAAAUUUAUCUGGCAAAUCAGUAUAUCUCAAUCAGACUGCCUUGAUAGUAGUGAUGGCUCAAAUUGGUUGUGCAGUACCAGCAGAGAAAGCCACUCUUGGAAUAGUUGAUAAGAUACUCACUAGAAUUCUGUCUCGUGAAUCGUUAGAUAAACAGCAAAGCACUUUUGCCAUAGAUGUUUAUCAACUCUCAAAAUGUAUUUCCUUAGCGACAGACCGGUCUUUGGUUAUUGUUGAUGAGUUUGGAAAGGGAAGCGAUCCCAUUGAUUCCACAUCAAUGUUUGGAGGCACACUAAGCUAUUUUGGAAAGAAAAGUCUAGAUUGUCCCCGUUGCAUUUUCUCUACCCACUUUUUAGAUUUAUUUAAGGAUAAAGAGCUUUGUGAGAUGUACCAGUCACGGAAAACAAAAAUGAUGUCUACCGAGAUUUUGCUUGAGAAAACUACAAAUAGUCUGUUAGACAAUGUUACAUAUCUUUACAAGGUGAAACCUGGACUUGCAGAAAAGAGCUUUGGUAUUUACUGUGCAAAAGUUUGUGGGAUUCCACAAAAUGUAAUCCAAAGAGCAGAGUGCAUUGCUCAAAUGUUAAAUAAUGGAGAAGAUGUAGCCUAUGAAUUAACACGAUUAUCUGAGGAGGAAGAACAAAACUAUUCUGUUGCAAAAAAAGUGGUUACAAAAUUCUUAGAUAUUGAAUUUGAAGAUGCAGAAUUAUCUAUUAAUGACUCUAUUCACUAUACAUCCAAAUUUGAUGAAAUAUUUCAAGGCUAA